AUGUUUGCUUUAGUAGACGCGGAAUAUAAUUAUAAAUUUCUGGAUGUCGGAUGUCAAGGCCGAAUUUCAGAUGGUGGACUUUUUAAGGAAACUGAAUUAUAUAGAAAACUAGAAAAUAAUUCGUUAAGAUUGCCUGCAUCUGAAGCACUGCAAGGUAGAAACAAAGUAGUACCAUAUGUUUUUGUGGGAGACUCCGCCUUCCCUUUACAAAACAAUAUAAUGAAACCCUAUCCAGGAGAAUACCCCAAGGGAUCGCCGCGAAGAAUUUUUAAUUACCGGUUAAGCAGAGCUAGCAGGAUUGUAGAAAAUGUAUUUGGUAUCACAGCAUCUGUGUUCAGAGUUUUACGAAAACCUAUGCUCCUUCAGCCCGAAACCGUGGAGACUAUAGUCAUGGCUAUUGCACACUUGCAUAAUUUUUUGAGAAACACGGAUUCAUCUAAAAACUUGUAUGCACCCCCUGGAUCACUUGACACAAAACAAAUUAGAGAUGAGUUUAAUGACUAUUUUAUGAACGAGGGUACAGUUUCUUGGCAGAAUACAUAUUGUUAA